CCAAAGGGGUUCUCAGGGCAAGCCAAGUCUCUGAGUGGAAAUUCAGUUCUCUCUCCCUCUCCCUCCUUACCACCUCCUCUGUACUCCUUAACAGAAAAACAAGAGGCAUCUAUCUGCACCUGCAGCCCUGAGAAAGCCCCUGCUGCCCACACUUGAAGCAGAGGGUGUAGGCUCUGGGUUCUUGCCUUUGUGCAGGGGCCCUAGGUGCUGGGCGGAGCCAAACCAGUUGCUGCUCAGGCUGGCUGGCUGCUAAGGCUUGCUCCACACUUCUGCCAAGAAGAGUAGAAACUGACAUGGAGCAGGGGAAAGGUCUGACUGGCUUCAUCCUGGCUAUCAUUCUUCUUCAAGGUGCUGUGGCCCAGUCAAAGAAAGAAAAACGUCUGAUAACAGUGAAUGAAGAUCGAGAAGAUGGUUCAGUACUUCUGACUUGUGACUUGACCGACAAAUACAUACAAUGGUUUAAAGAUUCUCCAAAUACACUUGUCCAAAAUACAAGUGAAAAAACAUUCAAUAUAGGAAGUAAUGCCAAAGACCCUCAAGGGAUAUAUUGGUGUGGAGGAUCAGAGUACACUUCAAAGCCAUUCCAAGUUUAUUAUAGAAUGUGUCAGAACUGCAUUGAGCUAAAUGCAGCCACUGUAUCUGGCUUCAUCUUCGCUGAAAUCAUCAGCAUUUUCUUCCUUGCUGUUGGAGUCUACUUUAUUGCUGGACAGGACGGAGUUCGCCAGUCAAGAGCUUCAGACAAGCAGACUCUGUUGCCCAAUGACCAGCUUUACCAGCCUCUCAAGGAUCGGGAAGAUGACCAGUACAGCCGUCUUCAAGGAAACCACCAAAGGAAGAAGUGACCUCAGGACUCAAGAGUAGGUGGUUCUUCAACACCAGUUCAGAGUGUUCUUCCUUCUACUGAGUUCUCAGAAUCAAAGCAAUACAUUUUGGAGAGCUCUCAGCAAAGAGAUUUUCAGCCCUAAUUCUAAACUCCAGGAUUGCAGAAAUGACAAACCAAGAGGAGGGGCCACCAGAGCAAAUUUGGGUUUUUCUCAAAAUAAAAGUCAAGGCUGGAGAUAUGGUUCAAUAAUAGAGCACUUGUUUAUCUGUCUAGCAUGUAUGAACUCUGUGAGGCCCUGGGUUCAAACCGGGGUGGGCGGGGGCUGUAAAAAUAAGCACAAUGUGGUGUUUCAAGAGUGCCACCUAUUGGUAAAAAUGUAAAUUGAAAGUAAAAAAUAACCCCUCUAUUAGAACAGAUUUUUUUUUUUUUUAAGUUUAAAUUUUUACUGAGUUUUUGUAUAGGUCAUAGUUCAUGUGGCUCAAACAUGCAGUGUUCACUUGCAUUCCUAUCUACCAGUUGCCUUCUCCAUAGGUAAACCAGUUUCUUAUAUAGCUUCCCAAAGGUGUGUGUGUGUGUGUGUGUGUGUGUAUCUUCUGGGCAUUAAAGAGAAAAUUCUCAAAUACACAUUUUUUUCCCUUCCCCUGUUUUUCACAUAGAUGAUAGCAUACUAGAUAUAUUUCAUUUCCCCUAAUAAAACCUGAAGAUUAUAUAUUCCAAAUAAAAAUAACUAUAAAAUGCA